CAGAUGAGAUAAAUGGCGACAAGUUAGACAAGUUGUGUGAGCCAUGCCUUUUUCAAAAUACAGAAAAGAAGGCAUUAUAUGUUUGUAAAACUUGUGAUGAACUGCUGUGUAGAGAUUGCAUGAAUUUCCAUCAAGUAGAAAGUUAUAAUGAUUUAUAUAAGCACAAAGUCAUGGGUAUAACGACGAUGACAAUAUACUGUUCCCCCUGUAUAUUGUGGAAAAAAUACAUCACAGCCGCAGUAUGUUGUUUAGAUUGCAAAGACCGAAAACCAUUAUGCAAUUCAUGUGCAAAACAACACAGAGCAAUGAAAAAAACAAGAGGUCAUCUUUCAUUUCCGUUAGAUGUCCCUAAUUCGAGAGAUCAAAUCAAAUUCCCAUCAAAAUCGUUGGAAGUCAGGUAUUCAGGACCAGAUGUAAAGACUACACAACUGGUGAAAUCAACGAAAGUAAAAUUACCAAAUGGCAAUGGCAUAGAUACGGAAGAAUCAUCAUCUUUUAUCUCUAGGUCUGAUCAGAUCGAGAGCCAAGCACAACAGUUAAACAAAGGCCCAGAUUCAGGACAAAGUGUAUUGAAAACACUUUCGGUUGAACCAAUGAUGAAUAAAUUCUUACAUAUCAAGCUCUCAGAGACAAAGGAGACAACAAGAUAUGAGAUGUCUUUACGUGGUGUUUAUGUUUGACAAGUGUCAUGUACUGAAAACGCGUGAAAACAAUUUUACAGACUUUUUUUAUGAUUGAAUAAAAAAACAUAUAGGCUUUAUACAGAUCAUAAUAUGUAACGUAUUUCAAAAUUUUACUCGU